AUGAGACGGGCGUGCCACACCACGCCUUUGUUGCGGCUGCAGCGGGAGGAAUUGGGAACCACUACACCUACAGAUCGGACAGAACAAGAGACUCCUCGCGCCCUUCCGCUGUCCACAAAUAGUCGCAAACGCAUCGGAUUGUCCCGCAUCCGUACGGAGCUGACCAAGAAGCGGCUGGAGUUCGCAGCCGUAAGCCAACUUAAGGAGAAGACCAGCGAGAAGGAGUCCACUCCAAGAGAAAAAGAAAACAAACCACAAGCAAAGAAUAAAGCGGAACGUACAGUGGCCAGAAAGUUGCAAGAGGAUGAAAGGGGCAAGAUAGUAGAAGACAAGGACCGACUGGAAGAGGAUGAUGAAAGAGCCAAGAUAGUGGAAGACAAAGAGCAAAUGGAAGAGGAGGAUGUAGAAGUAGUGGACAAAGAGCAAAUGGAAGAGGAGGAUGAUGAAGUAGAACCACAGGACAGCAGAAUCGCCGAGCUGCAGGCAGACAUCGAGACCUGGCGGCGGGGAUUCAUAGCUACUAUGAACGACCUGCAGGCCAUGGUCGAUCCCCGGCCGACAAAGAAGGCCGUGUUGAUACAACUAGGUAUUCCUCUCGAGAUGCUGCGGUACCUGGAGGAGGACUGA